GAGCACACUCCCACUCUGAUUCAAAACCCUUUUCUUAGUAACUUUUCAAUUCCAUCAUCAGCUUCUUGAAGUCCACUCUUUUCUUCUACCUUAAAAAAAGAGUGGAUUUUCAAAUACCCAAAUUCUCAGAAAUUUUGACUAGAGGUUUGCAGGUUUACCGUUAUGGGUGGAGAUACUACAUCCCCUAAUUGUCCCCUCAUCUAUUCCACUGAAGAAUCAUCUUUUGAUCUAAACUUCCUAGAAAACCCAUUAAGCUCGCCUACCGUUCUCAGUGGUAGUGAUUGUUUUGGCUCAAAAGUAGAGAAUGGAGAAGUUGGACCAGGUUCUGUGGAAUUGAAGGGAUUCAUUCGAACUUCUUCAAAUAUGAUCGAUGAGGUGAAUAAAAAGCGGAUAAGGAAAGUAUAUAUGGAUAUCCUUGAGAGCUAUGAGGAGCUGCAGUUCCAUAAGGACCAUUUGAAGGAAUUCAAAAAUAAAAUCUUGAGCUACACCCCUGGAUCAUGGAUUGAGGAGGUGGGUGGCAUGAAAGCGAGUGAUUACAAUAUACCAAAAAAGAUUACACUGUUGUUGAUUGGUCCAAGAGGAUCUGGAAAAAGCAGUCUUGUUAACAAGAUCUCCAGGGUGUUCGAUGAUGAUGAUCCUUUUACACCAGAAAGAGCUCAAGUAUCGUGUACGUUCUGUUUCUUCUUUCCUCAUGUAAUAAGUGGAACUCAGAUAAAAGAUAAUGAGAAAGUAUAUUCUUCUGAUGGAGAUGGGACAUAUUUUCUCCAUGAGUACACGAUACCAAGAGGUUCGAGUUCUUUCUGUUUGUAUGACACACGUGGUUUGUCGGAUGAUUUGAGUGAAAAUAAGAAAAUUGUGGAGCGCUGGAUGACAAAGGGGGUUCGCCAUGGGAAUCUAAUAACGAGGGAUUCUGAUGAUGCACAUCUGAAGUCUAAAGUUCACCGAAAUAGAUACCGUGCCAGUGAGACAAAUGUGGUUAAUUGUAUCAUAUUUGUUGUCAGUGCGGUCCAAAUGCUGCAGUCUAUGGACAGUGAUGAUGAAACAAAGAGGCAACAAACUCAAGCUGUUGCUAUAACUUUCAACUACCCUCUCUUGUCAUUCAAAGAUGAAAAACCUAUCGUUGUGCUCACACAUGGUGAUUUACUUUCAUUUUCGGAUCGUACGCGCAUCCGCAUGUAUUUGGGGCAGCUGCUGGGUAUUCAUCCCAAGAAACAAAUUUUUGACAUCCCAGAAAGUGAUGAUUUUGGAACUAGGUUGACUAUACUCAACAUGCUGCGCCAUUGUCUUGAGCAUGCUGAUAAAAACUUACCCUUCAAAAAAGACCUACCCUUCAAAGGCCCAUACAGCAGCAAGGGAGCCUUGCAGAUGCUUGUAUUAUGUCUUCUAUUGAUAUAUGCGGUUCUAGCAAUACUUUUCGGAAUGGGGAUGAUGUUCAUGAAUACUCUCCAAGCCAAGGUUGCCUCUGUUCCCAAUUCACAGGUAUCGCAGUCACAUGUAGACAUAGAUUGGGAUGCAACUACCGUUGAUUCUGUACCCAAUCUUCAGCCUGAGGCAAUGCAACCACAUGUAAACUUAGAUUGUCAUGCAAGUGAGGUUGAUUCUGUUUGCGAUCUUCACCCUGAGGCAAUGCAACUGCAUGUUAACUUAGGUUGUCAUGCAAGUGAGGCUGAUUCUGUUUGUGAUCUUCACCCUGAGCCCCCCCAAUCAGAUGUAGACGUAGAUUGGGGUGCAAUCCGACACUUAUGGUCUGACUAAAUUUAUUAAUGAGCUCGAAGGUAUAGCGGUUGAUGCACUUAUCUAGAGCUAUUACAUUUCAAGAAUACGUGCUUUCUGUGUGUAUAAAACAGCAUAAGCUGUCUUUCUUCCCUUGUUUAUAGGAACUCUUUGUAAAGUUGAUCAUUGCGAGUGUUUUAACUGUGCUGUUUUACUGCUGUUGCCAUUGCAUAAUUGAUCAUUUAGCAUUAAUUCUCUUGCUAA